GUGCUUUCCAAAAGUUUAACGGCAACACAGUGCCUGGGUAUCCAAACUGGCUGUGGUUCCAAACAAAGCCAGGAUGCACCUGCUUCUGAGACUUAUUGGCCUCUUACUUUUAAUAUUUCACUUUUCUGAUGCUCGUGCUUCGUACUACAUUUCGAGACCUUCCAAUAUAUUCUCUGGGAUCAAUACAACCCUUACUGUUCACUGGUUCGGGAACAAUUCUGAAAUCAAUGUCACUGCAGGAAUUAUAGACCAAGGUGUAACUAUAGCUGAAACAACGCAAGUCUUUGAAAAUGAUUCCAUUGGGAUUUUGUCUUUACCUGCAAUUACACUGAAUUAUUCCAGCUAUUAUUAUGGUUAUAAUAUAUUUGUAAAUGGAUCUGGUGGCAAUGAAUCGAUUUUUUCAAAUACUUUUUUUGUGUUCCCGACUGAAAAACCCACAUAUACAUUCGUUGAAACUGACAAGAGAAAUUACAGACCUCUGGAAACUGUGAAGAUUAGAGUCAUCACUGUAUAUCGUGACUUGAAACCGUACAAAAGACCCAUAAGUAUAACUAUACGGGAUUCAAAUUCCAACGUUGUAAAACAACUAUUGAAUCAGAAAACUGAGUUAGGAGUCUUUUCAACUGAAGUUUUGCUGCCUGUCUUGCCUGUUCCUGGUUCCUUGUAUAUUAAUGCUGGGCCAAAUGGUUAUGAAGCCUAUGAAUAUGUCUACAUUCAUGAAAAUGAGUCUCCAAAUUUUGAUGUCACAAUAGUGGCACCUUCGUACUACUAUAAACCAGGCAAAAAAGACUUUUUUGGUAAAGUGUUCGCAAACUAUAGCUAUGGAAGACCUGUUAAAGGAAAUGUAACACUAUCAUUGAGUUUUACUGAUUUUGGUGUGAGUUAUUAUUAUCCUCGUGAUGAUCUCACUGGUGUGAAUAAAACAUUUGAGAUAUAUGGAUCUGCAAACUUCAGUUUCUCCAAUAAUGAAGUAUUGAAGUGUCCAUUUUGGGGGAGAUUGAUAUUAACAGCUUCAGUAACAGAGGAAAAGACAGGCAAAACAGUGACUACUUCAUGGUAUAUUAAGAAAGCAACUUCUGAGUACAGGAUGUUUGUUGUUGGUCAACCAGGAAAUUGGACGCAUAAAGACAAUUUUACAGCAAUGAUUCAGAUCCAAAGAACGGAUGAUUUGCCUUUAACACAAGAGGAAAAAAAUAUUCCUGUUCUUAUUAAAGUGACUGCCAACUACUACUACUACUAUAACUACAUCGACGUUACAAGGAAUUACACCAUGUCAGAAUCUGGAAUUAUAACCAUUGAAAUUCCAUAUCAAAACCAAUAUUAUUAUAAUUACUACUACUAUAAUUAUUAUUAUUACUAUUAUUUUUCUAUUGAGGGUAAUUAUAAAGGCUCUACUCAAAGCUGGAGCAUGUACACACCAUACACCUGGUAUUGGAACCCUACUAUUUACUUCAAAAUUCCAGACAGACCUGUACAGGUUGGAAUUCCAUUUACCAUAAGUCUUGGAAUCAUACCAGAAGUUGAAUAUAUUUAUUAUACGGUAAUGGCUGGAGGAGUAUUUGUAGCCACUGGAAAGUCAAGCAGCUCCUCGUUUACUCUCACUGCUGAAAACUCAUGGUUUCCCAUUGCUCAAGUCAAUGUGUAUUAUAUUAAUCCUAAUAACUUUUAUUGGUAUGAUAUUAUAUCGGCAACUAAGACAAUUCGCAUCAACAGCAACAGGGUUGCUUUGUCAUGGAGUACAAACAAAACAGAGCCAUCAGAAAAUGUUACUCUGACAAUCAGUAAUAUCAGAGACACUCCUGCUAUUGUGGAUGUGAAAGUGGUUGAUAUAAAUGACAUACUGUCAGGAAAUACUAACACUCUAGCUGCCAAAGUGGACAAUAUAUAUUCAUGGGAUUAUUUAAACCAAUAUUCCGAUGGCAGUUUCACCAGUGCAUAUAGCGACUAUACACCAGUAAUCAAUUCUCCCUAUGAAAAUAAUGAUCCAAUAACCCAGCCUGUUAAUGCUAUAAAACGGUUUUCUGAGACCAUAAUCUGGAAACAAAGCAAUAUCAGCUCUGGAUCGAGUACUAGUCUGCAAGUAACUGUGCCUCAUAAAGUUAUCUCUUGGGUGGCCAGUGCUUUUGUGAUGUCGGAAGAAUUUGGCCUGGCAGUGUCAGAGCAAUAUCCUGAGCUUGACGUUUCCAAGUCACUCUUUCUGACUCUGAAUGCUCCUAAAACAGUAAUCAGAGGUGAAGAAUUCAUAUUAAAGGUUACCUUGGAGAACUUCAUAGCUUCAGACUUACAGGUGGCUGUAAUAUUGGAUCCUAGCAGCUCCUUUAAAAUAAUUGUUCCAGAUAACAACAUAAACAGUGUAGCAGGACAAAGAAGUGUCUUCAUUCCAAGUAAAGAAACAAAUGAGGUUUUAUUUCCAAUAAAUCCUAAGAAACUUGGUGAAAUAUCACUCACUGUACAAGCCAACUCACUGGGAGCUUUUGAUUCUGCAACCCACAAAGUAUUAGUAAAGGCUGAAGGCAUAGAGUAUACUUAUUCCAGUAGUGUUAUUUUAAAAGCUGGAGAUGUGGGAAAAAAAUUAUCAUUCACUUUUCCUGCUGAUGUGGUAGUGGACACCAGACAAGCAUCUAUUACCGUUGUUGGAAACUUUCUUGCACCGUCAAUUAAAGGUCUUCAGUCGCUGAUCCAGUUGCCCACUGGUUGUGGAGAGCAAAACAUGAUUAACUUUGCCCCGGACAUUUAUAUUUUACAAUACUUAAUAGCAACCAACCAGAUAACUGAAGAUGUUAGAGUCAAAACCAUUCAUUUCAUUGAAAUAGGUUAUCAAACAGAAAUGAAUUACUGGAGAUAUGAUGGUUCAUUCAGUGCUUUUGGAAACCGUGAUUAUUCUGGAAGUGCUUGGCUUUCAGCAUUUGUUCUAAGAUGCUUUCUUCAAGCCCGUCAACUGAUUAGCAUUAGCGAAGACGUCUUAUAUAGGACAACAGAAUGGUUAUUUCAGAAGCUGAAUGAAGAAACUGGCAUUUUUCAAGAACCUGGGCGCGUUAUACAUACUAGCCUUCAGGGUGGAUCAGAUGGUGAGAUUGCCCGCACUGCUUAUAUACUGAUAUCUUUGCUGGAAGAUGAAAGCAAUAUAACUAUAUCAUACAGAUUGAAUAAAACAAUACAAUACCUUGAGAACAAGACAGAAGAAGGAAUUGCCAACAACCACACUUUAUCAAUUGUGGCCUAUGCUUUAUCAGUGGCCAAUAGUUCUAAAGCAGCAGCAGCACUCACUCAACUUAAUUCAAGGGCAAACAGUGUUGGGGGGCAGAUGUACUGGUCUUCUGGCACUGUCAUAUCAAACUACUGGCAGCCCCCCUCUGCAGAUAUUGAGACAGCAGCUUAUGCACUUCUCUCCCACUGCCAACAGAACAGGAUUGCUGAAGGCGUUCCCAUUAUGAAUUGGCUGGUUGAACAGAGAAAUCACCUUGGGGGGUAUUCUUCAACUCAGGAUACCGUUAUGGCUUUGCAGGCUUUAACCAAGUUUAUGACAUUGGUUCCAUCAUCUAACAAUACUUCUCUAACAGUGUCUGUUACUGAUUCAGGAGCUAUUGUAGCAAAUACCUUUCACAUCACAAAUAACACUGCUCUGGUUGUACAAAGUCAGCAGAUUUAUGCACUUGACCCAUUGGAACUAAUUCUUUCUGCAGCUGGUGAAGGAGUAGCUCUUUUGCAGCUUAAUGUGAUUUACAACAGUAUAGCAUCAUCUAGACGUAAAAGAGCAACGGCGGCUUCAGAGGUAUUUAAACUGAGUGCAACUGUAGACGACAGUGACAGCCAAAAUCGGAUAUCAGUAAAUGUAUGCUCAAGCUAUCAAGGCCCAGCGAAUGAAACUGGCAUGGUUAUUUGGGAGGUUACUUUACUAAGUGGAUUCAAAUUGGACUCUGGUAGCAUAAUCUUAUAUGCACCUCUUAGACUGGUGGAAACAAAAGACAACAAAGUGUUCCUGUACUUUGAUUCUAUGAACAGAAAUGAGAUUUGUGUAGCUGUUCCUAUGGUUCGUACAUCAAUGGUAGUACAUUCCCAAGCAGCAACAAUCAAAAUCUAUGAUUAUUAUAAUCCAGAAAUCCAUACAAUAAAACUUUACAAUUCAGGUAAACUGAGUAAAGCCACAGUAUGUGAACAUUGUGGACUGAAUUGCAACAAUUGUAUAUCCAAUGUAAAGAUGCCCAGUGUGGCGACACCUACAUCUACAUCUAAAGAAACAACAACUGCAAAGAUCGCAGAUAGUAGUACUACUGCACCGAAACUUGCCAUGCUUUGGUUCUGUGUGUGCUGCAUGUGGAAUUUUCUCUAGGAAUGAUAUUUAGAUAGAAAAUAAUGCUUUGAGUAUUCUUGCUUCAUGUUCGGCCUUUUAAUGAUACGUUUUUAUCCACCUAAUGAUCUGUAUUUUAAGUAGUCAUACCUUAUAAUGCCAAGUUUAGUUUUUACCAGUUUUAUAUCAUGCCAAAUAAUUAAUCAAAAUUAUUUUCAUAUUGUUAAUGGGUUUUCAUUACAAUAAAUCAUUAUCAUUAAAUUCA